AUGGCUACUAUGCGUGCAGUCGACAUCAAGGGUGGGAAAGGGCCCAUCUCGGCGCUUUUCAUCAACUCGGAAACGCCCAAGCCGACGCCCAAAGGAAGCCAGGCACUGGUGAAGAUAAAGGCAUUUGGACUGAACCGCAUGGAUCUCUUGCAGCGGGAAGGACACUAUCCACUUCCGCCACAGGCGCCGUCGACCCUCGGAGUGGAAUUCUCGGGCACGAUCGAGUCGUUCGGAAACGAGCCUGAGCGGGGCUUCAAGGUUGGCGACGAAGUCUUCGGUCUGGCGUAUGGAGGCGCCUAUGCCGAGUACAUCGCGGUCAGCACGCACAUGCUUGUCCACAAGCCCAAGGAACUCAGCUGGGAGGAGGCGGCGGGGAUUCCAGAGACGUGGAUCACCGCAACACAGGCGCUCUACCUCAUCGGUGACUACAAGCCUGGCAGGAGUGUGCUGUGGCAUGCGGGCGCGAGCAGUGUGUCGAUCUCUGGCAUCCAGCUCGCGAGAGCAGACGGCGCAAGUGCCGUGUACGUGACUGCGAGCAGCCAGGAGAAAAUCGACUUCUGUAAGUCUCUCGGCGCGACCGAGGGGUUCAACUACAAGACAGGGGACUGGGCGCAGGAGCUACUCAAGUACACCGACGGCAAAGGCGUUGAUUUGAUCGUCGACUUCAUCGGUGCAGCGUACUUUGAUCAGAACCUCGAGGCUGCGGCCAAGGACGGACACAUUGUCAGUCUGGGGAACAUGGGCGGGAGCGUCGUUCAGAAACCCGUGGAUAUCAGUCGCUUCCUGAGGAAAAGACUGCGUUAUGAGGGCAGUAGUCUCAGGAGUCGCGAUGAAGGCUACCAAGGGAAACUGAGGGACCAAUUGGUGGAGCACGCGCUGCCCAAGUUCAUCGAUGGCUCGUUCAAGGUCAUUGUUGAGAAGGUGUUUAAAAUGGAAGAUAUUCAGGCGGCCCAUGAGCUGCUGGAGUCGAACCAGACCAAAGGGAAGCUGAUUGCGACGGUUUACUGA